AUGCAUAUGACUACCCAACAAGCGAUGGGAAAACACACCCAUACCGUCAUCUUUCUCCAUGGUCGAGACAGCAAUAGCCAAGCAUUUGCGGACGAGUUCUUCGAGAGUGAGGCGUCCGAGCCUGCGGGGCAACCACGCACGCUUCCAGAUUUGUUCCCAGGCAUCAAAUGGGUCUUCCCUACAGCACCGACUUCUGAGUCGAAGCGAUUCGAUACCACCAUGUCUCAAUGGUUCGACAUAUGGUCAGUCGAAGACCCCGAGGAGCGAGUUGAAAUCCAAGCAGAAGGGUUGAAGCAAAGUAUUGCUAGCCUCCUAGAAGUGAUAAGAGCUAAAGAGGCUCUUGUGCCCCGACAAAACAUCUUCCUGGGGGGAAUCAGCCAGGGAUUUGCCACGGCGCUCUCCACCUUCUUCGCUGAUGGUCAAAACUUCGCUGGCCUAAUUGGCCUAUGUAGCUGGAUGCCCUUUGCGAACUCGGUAGACAAUCUUACAGCAUCUAUUGUCAAUGACGACCAGCUUUUCAGCGCAGUUCAGAAGAUUUACUUUGGUCAACAACCCCGAGAAGAGUCACUGGCGCAGCUUCUCCGGUUGACUCCCAUCUUUCUCGGCCACUCUAUCGAUGAUGGCCUUGUCCCCAUCGAGAAUGGAAGGCGAAUGCGGGAUAUCCUCAUGCAGCAUUUUAAAUUGGACACCCAAUGGCACGAAUAUCAGGACGGGGGUCAUUGGAUCAAUGAGCCUCAAGGUGUGGAUGACAUCGCCGAAUUCCUGAACCAAAACAUGCGGAAGCCGAGAAACACUGAGGUACAGCAAUAA